AUGAGUUUCAAGGGGUUCCAGAAGGGUAUAUCCCGAGCCCCCCAUCAGUUGAUGGCCAAGUUGCACAAGGCCACCGACACCAAAGAUCCGGUGUAUACGGAUGCCGAGCUGCGCUUCGUCGAGCUUGAGAAGGAGUGCAAGAAAUUACACGACGAGUCGAAGCGAUACUUUGAUGCAAUUAACGGAAUGCUUAACCACCAAAUCGAAUUCUCCAAAGCAAUCGCCGAAAUCUACAAGCCAAUUUCUGGUCGCGCCUCCGACCCCAAUUCGUACCAUGCUGAAGGAAACGACGCCGGUAUCCAUGCCUGUGAGGAGUAUGAGGCAAUCGUCCGGGACCUGCAGGAAGCUCUGGUUCCUGAGCUGGAGAUGAUUGAAACCCGAGUGAUCAGCCCUGCCGACCAAUUGUUGGACAUCAUUAAGACCAUCCAAAAAGUGGCCAAGAAGCGCAAUCACAAGAAGCUGGACUAUGAUCGUCACAACGACACGCUGAAGAAGUUGCAAGCUAAGACGGACAAAUCGCUCAAGGAUGAGAAGGCAUUGUACAAGGCCGAAAAUGACGCCGAACAGGCCACGGAGGAAUACAACUACUACAAUAACCUUAUGAAGGAAGAACUCCCAAAGCUCUUUGCUCUUGAGGCUGAGUUCAUCCGCCCGCUGUUCCAGUCUUUCUAUUACAUGCAGCUCAACGUGUUCUAUACCCUACACGAGAAGAUGCAAGGCUUGCAAAUCUCCUACUUCAACCUGGAUCUUGAUGUUGAGGAGGCUUUCAACCAGAAGCGAGGCGACGUACAGGAGCGCACCGAGGCUCUGUCGAUCGUCCACUUUAAGACCAAAGGCACCGGGCGCAAACCACCCAGCUUGAAACCUCUGGGCAAGGCUGGUGAAGCCAAGAGCUCCCUCGCUCAACAUCUACUCAGCAUACUGAUGAUAAGGCACCGCCACCCUACUCUCCAGGAAGCGUCGGCUCCAACUUCUCGGCAGCCGCCAAGGGCAAACCUGCUCCUCCCCCCACCAAAGCCAAAGCCGUCUCAUCUUCACACGGCCACCGAGACCGUCACCGCUUUGUAUGAUUACGAGGCUCAGGCCCAUGGGGACUUGGGCUUUUUAGCCGGAGAUGUGAUCGAAAUCGUUCACCGGACAGACAACACGAACGAGUGGUGGACUGGCCGCCUUGACGGCCGCGAGGGCCAGUUUCCAGCAAAUUAUGUGCAAUUGAAUUAG